CGUUCCUUCGCGACACGAUCAACAUAUCCUUUGUAUCGUGCUAAAUUAUAUCACCUGAAUCGCGCAAAGUCUGCGACCAAGCUCAAUAUCAUCAUGGGUCUUCCAGUAUGGCGCGAUCCUGAGGAGACACGCAGCAGUAGCAGCAGCUCUGUCGCAGUAUCCCGAGUUAAGAACGAUAGUACCGCUCCAUCACGCUCGCCCAUCCGUCGUCUUCGUGCCUCUCGUCCCACCAGCUUCCAUCGACUUGGCCAACCACCGCCAGUUCCCGAGGCUCCUCGCCAUCGUAUACCAUCCAGUGAACGUCAUUUUGACCUGGCCUAUUACCUCGGCGAUGAUAAUUCGUCCUCACAAUCCGACGCUGGUCGUCGACGCUCUCGACCAACUAGCUUUCUGCCUCCACCUCUCGAACGCGAUCGUCCGCAAUCACGCAGUGGCGUCUCAUCGAGCUUGCCAACUCCUCCACUAGACACCUCGGAGCCCACUGCAUCGUCUCGUAUCGUCCUCUUACGUCCUUCGCAAGUACCCCCACAUCCCCUGAGCUUCGCACAUCGUCCCGUCUCCCCUGACGAUGGCUUGGGCGAUCGCAAUCGCAGUCCUUCGCCUAUUGCCGAUUCCUGGCACGUCAUCGGAUCGACUAUCACCCCUGACGACUCCCUGCCUUCGACCGACUCAAGCUUUGCCUCGAAUGGUGCAUCAGCUUCGUUCCAACUAGCAAAUGAAUUGGCCGAAGAUUCUAGCUCUACCAUAUAUGGGCCCGACACAAGUGGACGCUCCAAUCACGAUCGCCGUGCUGUUGAAGCUCUGCUAUACGACUUCGCUAUGCAAACCGCCGAAGGACGCGCUCAGAUCUCACUUAUUCGUCGCAUGUCUCCCGAAGAUACACUAUGGAUCCGCCACCAUAGCAGCGUGAGUCAAGAGAACGAAGACGACGACAAUAACGAGGAGGACGAAGCCCCGCCUCGACGACCUUCGCAGUUUGAUUCUGAUAUUCGUGAACGUUCUCGCCAAGUCGCUGCUUCGACCAUGCGCUAUUUUGGCAACACACGGCGAGCACCCACGGCUGAAGAUACCCCUCCGCUUUCACGCUCAAACUCUCCUGGUGGAUCGAGGCUGUUCUCGAAUGCAGCUGCAAGACGCACAGAGACGUUUCUUGCCCGCAGUCUUCGUGAGGCUGAGGAACAGGUUCGAAACGAGAGGUAG